UUGCUCUCAUCCCGCAGCUCACGCCCAUUUGCGACUGAAGACAGCGCUGCCCGUAGGUCGGAGCGAGGAAGCAGACAGCACUGGAACCCCCUUCCCAGCCUCCUCUCCCGUGACAGGAAGCGGAAGAAUCAGCACCUUCCGUUGCUGCCGUCCAGGGGAACUAGACACUUCCUUCCUUCCAGAGACUGCCUAGACUUGUGCCUGUGACAGCUGCGAUAGCCGGGGCGGUGCGCCUCAACCUCUCCGCUCUCCCCGAGAACAGCAGCACCGGCCGCCGGGACGGUACCUACCCGUUACGUCACGUGUCCCAUGAGACCAGCCGCUGGUUUGUAGGACCACAAGUAUCAGCACCCUCAUCCACCUCCUGGUAAACUUUGGACUUAUCAGCUUCCACUGGAUGAAAUUCCGACACAAGUUCUUCAUAUGAUCUGGACUCAUCCCCAUCUGCCAUUUGGUUCCUAACUGCAAGAGAGACCUAGGGGACCUAUCUGGAAUCCAGUCUGAUAGGACACACAUAAGGUCUUCUCACAAACGUUGCAAUGGCUACUAAUCUUGGAGAACAACUGAAUCCUGAAUGGGGUCAGCAAUACAAUAUCGGCAGAGAGAAUAGUUCUGACGCUCCGAUGCAUGAGAAUCCUGAGUGGGAGAAAGCGCGACAAGCUUUGGCAAGCAUCACUAAGGCCAAUAGUACUGCUGCUAGUAAGGAAUCAAAUGAUGGGCAAGCUAAUGAGCAGUAUUCGGCAUCACAAGAGGAGGCAUCUGUGCAGCAGCAGUAUUUUCAGUGGUAUUCUUCACAGUAUAAUUAUCCAUAUGCGUACAACUACUAUUACCCGGCGAAUAUGUACGGUGGAUAUGGUAAUCCUGGACAGUAUGGGAUGUCUAACCCUUACCAAGGACCCACGUCACAGACCCAAGGAGUCGCCCAGCAUUAUGGAAGUCUAAAUCAGCCUCCUGUUCCUGGCCUUGAAGACGGUUUACCGUAUUCUAAUGUCCAGUCACAAGUUUCUGCUGUUAACAACCAAUCUGCAUCACAUCAUGCCAGUCAUAGUUUGCCACAGUCCUGCCCACAAGGGGCAACUACAGGCAGCCAAGUCUCACAGCAGCACUUAUCCACAAAUACCAACAAUUACAAUCCGCAUUCCUAUAAUGAAACUUCCAAACCAAAGAAAGGGCAACAGUGGAACCGAAUGAAACAGGCUCCUGGAUCUGGAGGUCUUAAGUUUAACAUCCAGAAGCGCCCUCUUGUAAUGUCUAACCAGAACUUUCCCUCUAAUGAGCAACAUAAUAACAAUGCUGGUCUGCAAGGGCAAGCCGGUAUGCAUCACCAUAUGCAAUCAGCGGAAAAGACCCACGAACACAGCAGCAAUCCUUCCGCAAAGCCAGAGGACUGGCCUCAAGCCAUGAAAGAGUAUGUCCAGCAUUGCUUUACUGCAUGUGAAACAGAGGAAGACAAGGAUCGGACUGAGAAACUGCUGAAAGAAGUCUUACAAGCAAGAUUACAGGAUGGGUCAGCCUACACCAUAGACUGGAGUAGAGAGCCACUGCCUGGUAAGGAAAGUGUAAAGGAAAGUCCAAAGAAAAAGAGCUGGGAUGCGACUACCUUGCAGUCUUCCCGUGGCAGCACCAUCACUGUGACACAGUCAACGCGCGGUAGUGGCAGUAGUACCCUAAGAGGUUGUGGCAGCAGCUUUCCUACCCGCUUUGGAAACAGAAAUGUCUUCAUGCAAGAAUCCAGUUCCUCUUCAAGCACAGGUUCUAGGUCUAGAUCUAGGUCAUCUUCACCUUCGCCUCACAGAAGAUACCGCCGUAGUUAUUCUCAUUCAGAUUCUGAGAGCAGCUUAAAAUCUGGAAGUGAAAGUCGAACAGGUAGCCGCAGAAACUUUCAGAAGGGACGUGGUCGGGGAGGACACAUGGACCGGGGUCGUGGACGGAAUCAGAGGGGCAGAAGAAGUGAACACAACUUUAACAAACGAAACCGCAAGAAGAAUUUGUCUAUGGAUUUUGAGGACCCUGAAAAAGAUUUUAAGAAGGAAAAGCGAGCAGCACGCUUCCAACAUGGCUACAGUUCCAAGAAAUUUCGCAUUGAGCCUCUAGUACUGCAGAUCAAUAACCUGGAUCCUAACGAGUCUGAAAGUUUGGAUUGGAAUGAACUGAAAAUUGUGGGAACAUCUCAGGAUAUUACCAAGCAUUACUUACGUUUGACUUGUGCUCCUGAUCCUUCAACUGUUAGACCAGUGCCAGUUUUACGAAAGUCUUUAACCAUGGUUAAAGGGCAUUUUAAGGAAAAGCAGGAUUACGCGUUUGCUUGUGAGCAGUUGAAAUCAAUCCGUCAAGAUUUAACAGUUCAGGGUAUUCGCACAGAGUUCACUGUGGAAGUAUACGAGACCCAUGCACGAAUAGCACUGGAAAAGGGAGACCAUGAGGAAUUCAACCAGUGUCAAGCACAGCUGAAGUCUCUCUAUGCUGAAAAUCUUGAUGGGAAUGUUGGCGAGUUUACAGCCUAUCGUAUAUUGUACUAUAUCUUCACAAAAAACUCUGGUGAUCUCACUACAGAACUGGCAUACUUGACCAAAGCGUUAAAGGAGGAUCCUUGUGUUUCACAUGCCCUUGCUCUUCGGAGUGCCUGGGCACUCUCAAAUUAUCAUCGGUUUUUCAAACUUUAUAGAAAAGCACCACGCAUGUCUGGGUAUCUCAUCGACAAGUUUGCAGAAAGGGAGAGGAAGGAAGCCCUUAAGGCCAUGAUUAAAAGUUAUCGUCCGAUGCUCGCAGUUUCCUACGUACAGUCAGAGUUGGCCUUCCAGAAUGAGGAGGAGUGCCAGAGUUUCCUGGCUUCUCUGUCUCUUGUGUUUGCAGGGGAUGACGACGGCAAGAUUGACUGCAAGCAAAGCUUAGCGGUCUUGCCAAACUUCUAAGCCAGUCCCUCUUUUAUAACAUAAUUUAUGAAUGUGUUUUGCAACACAUGUUAAAGCUCACACUGUGUGUGUAUGUGAAAAGCCACACUUGUUACCUGAGUGUUCUGAAUCUAACGCCUCAAGAUCAGAGCAUAUUGAUGGGCUAUUGGGUUUUACCAGAAUAGCAUAGAUUCAAAGAGCCAUUACAGGCGCUGUUGGUUAAAGCACUAAAAAAUUUUUAUAUAUAAAUAUUUAUAUAUACCAUUGAAUUACCAUUGAUUGGCUCUAGACCUGCGACUGGGAUCAACAAGACAUUUCACUGGAUUAGUCGCACAAGUAUUAGUUUGGGGCUUAGGUUGACUCAGGUGGAAGACCCGAACACGUGAACGUAUACAUAAAGCUGCAUAUAUAUUGAAAUUCUAGAAGACAUUUAUUUAGCCUUUGUGUUUAAAGCACUUGUGGGACCUCGAGCAGUGCAAAAUAAGGGCUUUGGUUUGUCUUUACACUGUUUAGAUUUAAUACAUAGUCAAAAUAUUCUCUAACAUCAGAUCAAAUUAGGCUUCAUGUAAAUAAAAGUUCUAAUAGCUUUCCAAUAAGCUGUGUACAUUUGUUUAUAAGCUUUCUGUUGAAGUGGACGAAAGGAGAUUUUUCUACUUGCAUUUUUUAUUGUAAAUAUGUUGUAAUAACUGGUAAAUCUUGUUAUAGUUAGAAACUAACGAUGUCUCAGUUUCUUUCCUCUCUGCUUCACUUGCACAAAGCCUCUGUCCGUAUGCUGCACCGACCUCCAACAUAUGCGGCUCGGAGAGAAGGCCUCAAACGCAGGAAAGUCAACUCAAGAUUGGGGAGAUGUAAAGCAAGCUUCAUAUGCUGCAGUGUCUUGGAGGAAAAAAUUAGACUCUUUACAUAUAUAAAGAACAUUUUUUAACAUCCGACAAGUCUGCAAAUGAAGAAAAGUUAAAAAAGAGCUAAUACAGGAAAGUCCUCCCAUAUGCUUCUGGAAUUGCAAAUGUUCUGGAAUCUUACUACCUGGAACUUCACAGCCUGUGAGAUGAUGUUGCUUUUUUACAAAUACUUGUUAAUUUACACCUGCCCCUUCCUCAUAUAUAUAUAUUUUUUAUUUUUUUUACUUUUCCCUAUUGUUUUUUUCACCUCCCCCAUGUUUGCUGAUUACUUUUUGUUCUAUUGUUCAACAGGUAAAUAUUGGGUACUGUCUCAACCCUCCCUCCUUAUAUCUAUUUUUUUAUUUUAUUUUCACCAGAUGUUUAUUUUUCUUGCCCCUUUCUAACCUCCCCCCCCCACACACACACCCUUCCCCUCCCAAAUCCCAUCCUACACAACCCUUCAGGUUAUUACAUAUUGAAGUUGUAUUUGUGUGAUGAUGAGCAGUUGUUAGUCAGGUGCUCCUUUUUUUUUCUUUGCAGAUAUUUGUGUUCAUUGUUUUCUCCUUUAAUAAAUUUGAGUUGCAAGUA